CGGAUGAGGAAGUGAAUGGACGAAAAGAACAUCAACAACACACUGCAUAAAAUAUUGGGAACUAUUGUAGUCUGGUUUACGACUCAGUGCGAAGUCACUCAUGUUGAAUGAUUGUGUACUUGGGUGGGAUACUGCCACUUUGCCGAUAGUUAUAGUUCAGCCAAUCGUAUUGUCACUAUCUUUUAUUUUUUGUUAUCGGUAUUUAUUCGUCGACAAUCAUAGACGUGGAGAAAUGAAUGGCGCGAACACGACGGAACGAACGCAGUCUGCAGCGGUCUCUUCCUGUAAGAAUCCCGAUUGCAUACGUUGCAGGCGGUAUCGAUAUGUUCAGGAGCGAGCAAGAAGCAAGCUUUCAUGGAUACUGCGGGAUUUGAGGACAAGGGAUGAAUCUUCCUUCUCGAAACUAAAUCGACGCAUUCCAAAUGCAAUCAUACCACCAGAGACGAUGUCAUCGAUUGACAACAGUAGGAGUGGUGGUGGCAACAACAACCAGGCUUUGUGCUUUCAAAAUCCGACGGUGUUAAUGGUUCAAGAUUUACCUUCCAAGGAAAUAGUAACGGACUGGCAUCAGAAUGUUGUCGUUUAUUUGAAGAAGCGACAAGCCCGUGCUAUAGUCUUCGAAGCGCUAGAUAAGAUUGAAAAUAAUAGCAGGAUCAAGAGGGAUGGCGAAGAUGAUUCCAAUUGGACUGUGAACGAUACAUCUCCACAGGGUCAUUGGAAAGUUUUUCACAUCCUGAACCAGGGGGUCUGGAACCCAAUGCUGCUUUCCGAAAACGAGAACGGAAAGGAAACCUACCUGGACCUUCUGGAUCUUAUUCAUAACAUUCCUGGUCUGUUAAACAACUGUUUAUUUGGUAAUGUUUUUGUCUCCAAGAUUUAUCCAGGAACCGAUAUUGAACCACAUUGCGGACCUACGAAUAUUCGCCAUCGGCUGCAAUUUCUUCUGAAGUUGCCAGGUAAAUCUUCCCCAGUAACGCAUUCAUCAGUUGUUGAACCAAAAAAUAACGAUGUACUUGAUGGCGAGACAGAACCGGCACUCUCCCUUUCAGUGGGACGAAUAGAGAAAAUCACCUGGAAUGCAGAUAAUGAUGCGUUUGUCUUCGAUGAUUCGUUCAUCCAUUCAGUCACAUACAGAAAUGAUGACAGUGCCAAGGAAAAAUUAGAAACCGAAAAUUUUAGUCAUGAAGACGACUUCGCACGUGUGGUCCUGAUUGUAGACUUAUGGCAUCCCAACUUGCAGGAAUCAGAAAAGAUGAUUUUACAACAUUCUUAUCCCCCUUUCACCAUCGACACAUGCAAACAAUAAGAUGAAAAACUUUAUUUUAGUAUCUUAGAUUUGCUCACU